AUGGGUGACUGGAGUUUCCUGGGAAACAUUUUAGAAGAGGUAAAUGAACACUCCACUGUCAUUGGAAGAGUCUGGCUAACAGUACUCUUCAUUUUCCGAAUCCUGAUCUUAGGGACAGCUGCAGAAUUUGUAUGGGGAGAUGAGCAGUCAGACUUUGUGUGCAAUACCCAGCAGCCAGGUUGCGAGAAUGUCUGCUAUGAUGAAGCUUUCCCCAUCUCCCACAUCCGGCUGUGGGUCCUGCAGAUCAUCUUUGUCUCCACACCCUCCCUGGUUUAUUUGGGCCAUGCUGUACACCAUGUAAGGAUGGAAGAGAAAAGGAGAGAACGGGAAGAGGCAGAGCAAGCUCAGCAAGCUGAAGCAGGUGAAGAAAACUCACCCCAAGAUGCAGACAAGAAGAACCCUAUAUCCUCCAAAGAGACAAGACCCAAGGCAACCAAGAAGUUCCGUCUUGAGGGAACGCUUCUCAGAACCUACAUCUGUCACAUCUUUUUCAAAACCCUCUUUGAGGUGGGCUUCAUUGUGGGCCAGUACUUCCUGUAUGGUUUCCGAAUUUUUCCUCUUUACCGCUGUGGCAGGUGGCCCUGCCCCAACCUUGUGGAUUGUUUUGUGUCAAGGCCUACUGAAAAGACUGUUUUCAUCAUGUUUAUGUUGGCGGUGGCAUCAGUAUCACUCUUUCUCAACCUUGUGGAAGUCAGCCACUUGGGCCUUAAAAAAAUACUGAGUGCUUUCAAGAGAUCAUCAGAACAACAGCCUGCAGAGACCCCAGAGAAGCCCCUUCAUUCAAUUGCUGUUUCAUCCAUCCAAAAAGUCAAAGGCUACAAGCUGCUGGAAGAAGAGAAGCCAGCAUUCCAUUACUUCCCUUUGACAGAAGUAGGAGUAGAAACUACACCUGUCCCACCCUCAUUUAACGAGUUUGAGGAGAAGAUCAGCAUAGAAAACCUGAAAGACCUCUCUAGAGCUUUUGAUGAGCAGUUGCCAUCCUAUGCCCACGUGGAUGAACAUAUUGAAGAAAAAAUGGAAGUGGGAGAGGAGCCAGAACAGGAAGUGGAAGAACAGGCACUGGAACCGAGGAUGGAAGAGCUGACAGAGAAAGUGGAGGAAAAAGUUGAAGAGAAGCAUGGGGAGGAAGAACAUGAGCUACAACCACCAGGAGAGGACUUGCCCCUACCAUCUUCUGAUCUUGCAGUUGACACAAGACCCCUUAGCAGGUUAAGCAAAGCAAGUAGUCGGGCCAGGUCAGAUGAUCUGACUGUAUGAGAGUAAUGGCUUGAGCAGUCUUGCACAAGCCACAUACAUAAUAUA